AUGACGUCUGUCGAGAAAGACAAGUUGGCAGACAAUAAUAUGUCGCAGCCAAUCGUUCACCAAAAGGAUGCUCUGCAUAGAUAUUUCUUUGGCAUCCAAGGCCGAACUCUUAGAAUGCACAUCUCGGUGGCUGGAGCGCUGGGUUUCUUGCUCUUCGGCUAUGACCAGGGCGUACUUGGUCGUAGAAUUGGUUGCUUCUUUGGCGCAAUCACGGUCUUCUUCCUAGGCAGCAAGCUGGGGCGUAAACGGUGCAUAUACAUCGGUGCUGUCCUGCAGUUAAUUGGUGCUGUCCUCCAGGCAUCGGCAUUCGGCGUUCCACAGAUGAUCGUGGGUCGUAUUGUUUGCGGAUGGGGAAACGGUUUCAAUACGGCCACAACUCCCCUGUGGGUAUCCGAACUUGUGCCUGCGAAGAAUCGAGGACGACAUGUUGCCAUUGAGGGCAAUUUGAUUGCCUUUGGAAUCGUUAUUGCGUACUAUUUCAACAUAGGCAUGUCUUACACCAGCGGCGCCGUCCAGUGGAGACUUGUUAUUGCAUUUCAGGCCGUUUUCAUUGCUCUACAAGUCUUUUGGACUUACUUGCUCCCCGAAUCACCACGAUGGCUGAGUCAGCAGGGUCGCCAUGACGAGGCCAUCGACAUCAUCACACAAAUAAGCGGGAAGGGCUUGAGCCACCAGGACCCAAUCGUUGUAGGGAUGAAAUCAUCCAUUGAUGAAGCGAUCACCCUUGAACAAGCCGACGGGCGUUGGAGGUUCUCGGAAUGUUUUAAGAGCGGACCUAUGAAAAUUCGUAGGCGUUUCUUGCUUGCUAUUGGCCUCCAAGCCAUGCAGCAGCUCAGUGGAAUUAACGUUUUGGUGUUCUACGCGCCACAUACCAUGACGACUGACAUUGGCUGGGACUAUGAAACUGCCCUUCAGAUUUCUGCGGGGCUGGGUCUCACAUACUGGGUUUUCUCCUUCGUUGGCAUUGCUUACAUUGACAAGCUCGGUCGGCGACCCCCGUUGAUCUGGAGUUCCGUGGGUUGCGCUUUAUGCUUCUUGGCGGCCGGUCUUCUACAGCAGGAAAUCACCCCGUAUCGAGCAAAGGCAUCCCUAGCCUUUUUCUUUAUCUUCGAAGCUAUUUUCGGUAUUGCGUGGCUUCCGGUGCCCUGGCUCUACGCUCCAGAAAUUAUGCCCCUGCGUCAUCGAGCCCAGUCCGCAGCCCUUGGCGCAGCGAGCGACUGGAUUUUCAAUUAUCUAGUCGUCCAGAUCACCCCGGUUGCUAUUUCAAAUAUUCGGUGGAAGACUUACAUGAUCUUUUUUGUCCUCAACUUCGCCUUUGCCAUCCUUGUAUUCCUGUUUUAUCCAGAGACGACGGGUCGUAGCCUCGAGGAUAUUGACUCCAUUUUUCUUGGCGACAAUGAUCGUGUGUUUGUGGUUGACGGACGUGGCCGUCUCCUGCCCGGCUUCCGCAAAGCCAUUCACACAGACUCCGAAAUUGGCAUUGCCCAAACAUAUGAUUCUUCCGAGGUUGAGGGCAAGUCGGCUGUUCAAGUGAUUAAUAACCAGCAUUAG